UAGUGAAAUUACUUAAAUUACCAUAUAAUUUUAACAUGGCUUUCCCAAAUAUUUAUUUUUAGGUGUUAAAUAAUAAAUAUAAAUCAUCAAAUCCCAUACGUUAAUUAUUACCAUUAUUUGGUUUAACAUUAUUAUUGUAAUUUUUAUAAUGAUCAGAAAUUAAUUAUUUAACAUUUACUACCUUUUUUUAUUCGGUAAAAUUAAAACGGAAGAUGCUGAUUUUUCUUUUUCUGCUACUCUGGACAUCGUUGGUUGCCAACAACAAAUGCUAUUGAGGGUUCAUUCAAUUUUGACGACUUUGCCAGCUUAAUUUAAAUAUUUAUUUUGUAAAUAUUCGUUAAUUAUCAAAUUCAGGUAAGCUUUAUCAUUCAAUAUGUUAAAAUAUACAUAACAAGUUGAUAUAAUUUUUAAAGAGAUAUAUUUCAAUGAUUAUGAUUACGGGACACACGAGGAAAGUUUAUUAGAGAUAGACUGAUAGAUUAUUUUUAAAAAAAAAAUAAUUCGUCAUUUUAUUUACCCUUAGUUAUAUCAGGAUCAUCACUUAGCAGCAUUACUCUACUAUCCACAUUCAUAUAUCAUAUAUUCAAUGAUUGUCAGUAUGAAUCAGUCAUUCAGAGUAAUCCUGAUCCUCAAUGUCUUCCAUCCUAUGUAAUGACUCAUCCAAUGACAUCAAUGAGUGGUUGACUUCGCCUAAUAAUUAACAUGUAUUAUCAUGUAAAAGAACUUUGUAUAAACUAUAAUACAGCAUAGGCCAAUAUGUAUGAGUAUGUAACAUACUAUACAUAUUAGCCUAUGCUACAUUAUACAAACUUUAUUUACAAUCAUAACUUACUGUGACUGAAAGUAAUGUGUGAUUCAAUGAUUACUUAACUGAAUUUAGCAUUUUUAAUCAUUUAGUAAUUUAGGACAUAAUUUAUUGAAUGUUUAAAAAGGUAUUUAAGCUUUUUAACACAUACUGAUUGGUAUUAGUCAAACAGCGUGGGUAGCAGCAUCACCCUGUAAUGUAAUUUAAGUGACAUGUACAGAAAUCAAUCAACACUGAUGACAGCUUAAUUAUGCAAAUUUUGAUGCUCCAGGUUAUUUGCAGAGGUCAUCGUAAUCAUUCUUUACUCAAAGAGUGGGUCAAAGGCUUUUUCGUCAAUUUAUGAAAUGGGCAGAAUAUUGAGAUACCUAAUAAUAGGUUGACCAUAGUAUAGUUAGGGAUGGACUCUCUGCUAUAAUGAUAUACCAGAGUUUUGUGUAUCACUUACUGAUUGUGUUAAUAUAUUAUUAAGGGACCAUCCAUAUAUAUAUAUAAGAAUGAGUUAGAGUGACAUAAUGCCAAAGAACCGAUACAAUUUAAGUAGGUUCAGAUUCCUAAAAACAUUCAUAGUUAUUUUCUUUUUUUUUAACGGAAAUCAAAUAAAUUUAAAAGCGCCAAAAAUAUUAUAAAUCUGCUUUUAUUUUAGUAAAAGUUUAAGUAUUAUUAUUAUAAUUUACAAAUACAUUUAAAGUAUCAAAUAAGGAAUUAUUUUAAGCAUUUUAUCCGAAUGUUAAAGUUAUGAAAAAAAAUAUUAGUUAAAAUAUUAUGAUCUUGCAUCUUAAUCAGAGUUAUCGGGAAAAUCCAAACAUCUGUUAAAAUUAGUGCGUAUUUUAGUGCGUUGUUAAUAUUGGGAAAUAAAAAUAAAAUUUAUUUGAUCUAAAUAAUUAAGCAAAUGACAUCAUAGGCAAUUGUAUAUUUUAGGCACAGCUCUAAGUUUCUAUGAUUUUAUAACAGUGAGUAACAAAACUGAUGGUAUAUUUUCUCCUCCUUAAAAGUAAAAUUAAUAAAAAUAAUAGAUAACUUUUUAAAUGCAGCCUCAGUUAGUUUUAUUUAUAUCAACAAGUUUAUGUUGACAAGGUCGUCUCACAGAUGGCGUUGCAUGUUGCUUAUCCUAUAUGGACGAUGCAAGCACCUCUAGAUCUAGUGCCAUCAUUCGAGAAAUACCAGACUUCACAAGUGGUAUGGGGCUGCAACUAUUUAAGCAGCGCCAUGUGGAAGAAUCAGGCAGUUCCCAUAUAAAUAGCAAUCUGAUAAGACGAUUCUUUCUAAACGUAAUACGAACAACAAGUGCAAGUUAGUAAUGUUUUGAAGUGUUUACUACGAGUAUAUAGGGCUUGAAGUAUACAGUGAUGUGUACUUCGAUGACUAAAGUGUUAUUUUUGACUGUUUACCAUCUAAUAAACUUAUCGUAUCAUAGCUUAUGAAAAUGCCUAAUGCUGGAAAGAGAAAAUGUCACUUUUUGGAUGAUAACACAAAAGAGUGAUUUUUUGUCAAGAAAGGGCAUAUAGAUCAGCAAGCGUUAUGUGAGAUUUGUAGCUGUGUCAUCUCAGUAACUCACGGAGGUAAGGUAUAUAGGAGACAUCACUUUUCUAUGAAGAAUCAUACAAAUAGAUUCACGGUAGCAUUGACAUCAAAGCCUAUUUCUACAUUCAUGAUUAAAGAAAAUACCCAGGAAGAAAAGCUCGUUGCUGCUGCAGAACUAACAACAGCUUAUAAAGAAAUCAAAGCAUCAUCAAUCCUUCUGUUCUCUUGACUGUACCGUAAAACUGAAUGCUGCAAUGUAUCGUGACCCCAAAGCUACAGCGAUUGUUAAAAAUAUUCUCGCACCACACUCCGUGUCCGAAUGCAUAAAACAAUUGCAAGAAGUUUCAUUUUAUGGCAUAGGCGCUGACGCGUCAAACCACAAGGCUAAAAAGAUGUUUCCUUUAGUUGUUCAAUACUUGACUGGAACUGACGGAAUCCAACAUAAGCUGUUGAAAUUUGAUUCGCCGAAUAACAAAAAAUCAGAGAAAAUUGCAAAGUUUUGUCUAGCCACUUUAAAACAACUCCAAAUUUCUUUAGAUAAAUUAAUCGUUUUUAUGGAGACAAUAUCAAUACCAAAUUCUGAGGGCUUCAUCAACACGGCCGGUGAAAUGUGUUUCAUCAAAUUAAAGAAGAGCUAGGAAAAAAUGUAGAAGGAAUUGGAUGACCAGCCCAUAUCCUCCACAAUACUAUAUCAAGCAUUGCUGGAGUCUGUCGACAUUGAAAUAAUCGUCAUGAAAUAUUUAAUUAUUUUUCAAUAUACACAGUAAGGAAAGUGAAGCUGAAAGAGUUCUGCUUAUACAUUGAUGUCAAUCAUCAGACUCUUCUAUCUCACUCAAAAACAAGAUGGCUGUCGUUAAUGCCACAGUUGAGGGAAUUUUUAAGCUUUGGAUUCCAUUAAAACAUUUUUUUGACGCCGAAGUCAGGCCACCUAAAAUAAUUUCAGAUUUUUUCAGUAGUUCGAUCAGUGACAUUUACUUCAUGUUUCUGCAGUAAAACUUGGCUCUGUUUGAAAAAAAUAGAAUAAGCAUGGAGAUAAUUCUAGAUAAUUGAAAUAAGAAAAAUAUUAAUCGACACUCAAAAAUGUCUGAAUGAAAGGAAGACAGCCAAUUUUCUUGGCAUGCAAACCAAGAUGAAUUUGAAUAAAUUAAAGAAUGAGAACCCUAACCAAGCAAUGAUUAAUUUGAUUUCGAAAUUUGAGGAAGAGGCAAUGGCUUUCUAAAGCCAUAGCAUUUGAUUACCUACAGAAAUAGGCUAUUUCUUUUAUUAAAUAUCAAGUAUUUGAUUGGAUAAUGCUAUCUGAGACCCCAGUUUGGGUGAUGAUUGAAAAAACUUUUAUAUACCUGACUAAAAAUGGUGUGAAGAUUUCAGGCAACAAUUGUUUUCAGCAAUAUCUGAAGAGCUUUUUAUAUUUACUUUCUUAAGGAAACUGAAAGUCCUGAAUGCAAAUGCCAACUGCUUAAAUUAUGCGAGUAUUUGUUUUCUAUCCGCGCACACAAUGCCAUUGUGGAAAGAGUAUUUUCGCUGAUGUCGGCCUAGUAGAAUGAUGAAAGAAAUCGACUGCUGCCACAGACUGUGGAAUCAAUUUUACAGUGCCAGUUUAACUACAAGCUGACUUGCAUGGAGUUUUAUAAAUACAUAUAAGGGAAAAAAGACUUGCUGAAAAAGGGUAAAUCAUAGAAAAAUAUGGUGUACCGACUAAUUUUGCCGCAACAAGUUCCAUGUAAUUGUAAAAAAAAAGUAAUUAUAUUAAAUGAUUUGUUUACUUCAUUCCUACACCCCCAUCUCAGUGUGUCUCUGCCAGGUCCCAGCUAAAUAUGGCAACCGUAAGCAUAGCCAGUACGAGUGUACAUUUACCCAUAUUGUAUCUUUAUUAUUAUUUGAAAAUCUUUGGUUUACCUGAACUAAAUGAUAAUAUACAUAUACAUUCUGAUGAGAGUGCUCCCCAUAUGCAAAAUCUCAUAAAUCAAAACACCCCCCCCCCUCCCGGUGCAUACAUAAUAUAUGGAUUGUCCUAUAAUGUUAUGUGGUAAAGUCAGAAAAACGAAAAGACCAGCAAAAUAUCAGGCCUAUUCUUUACCGUGUACCGGAAAUGUUUUUGUUACUUUUUAUCAUAUGUAUUUUGUUUAGGUGCUGGUAUAUGAGUGAGUGCAUUUUUCUAUUAAGUUUGACUCAGCCAGGUUUCAUGUAAAGUGUGUGAUUUUUUAUUUGUCAGGGGAGAGAAUGUUUUUGAAUGCAAAGAGAUGAUUUAGAACGACGUAUUAGAGAUGAGUUUUUGAAAAGUCAUGAUUUUUUUUUAAAUUUUGAAAAAUAGAUUUUUUUGUGAAGGAUUAGAAACAGUUUGAUUUUACAUAUUUGUGCAUGCAAACCAUCACGAAUUAAAGAUAUCUGUAGAAACAUUCAACACCUUGUGCUUAUUUACUACUCGUAGUCAACUUUGUUAAAAACUACCUAUACAGCUCUGUUGUCUUUUUUCUGUGGCAGACUAGAAGGGAACCCAACUCAGACAAUAUAUAUAUAUAUAUAUAUAUAUAUAUAUAUAUAUCUGAAUUAUGAUUUAAUUUUAAGAACUAUAGUUUUCUUAUCAAAAUAAUAUUAAUACCAAUGACGCAUGGGGCAAACAGCACAGAUAAUUUUUCUAUCAACAUUGAAAUGGGACAGUGCUAGCAUCAAAUUUAUUAGGUGGCAUGGGAAAAUCCAUGUGCUGAUUACUUACAUUGGCUCAUUGCGCCUGUGUCUAAUUUUUUAGUUCAAUUUAAAGUUUACAUGGAAUUGAAACUCAAGAUGAAUGGCUUUAUAGGUCACUGUGUGUUAUUUUAAUUAUUUACAUCAAUAUUUCUCGCUGGAUCACAAAUCUGAGUUAGGACAGUAACUAAGGGCACUAUUUUAGGGAAUGCCACUUAACCUCCCACUUUUUUUCCCCACGCUUUACUGUGACGGAAUAUGUAGUGAUGAAAUUUAUGAUGAAAAUAUUCUUGUUUCUCCAUUGACGAAAUUAAAUAUUAAAUGUACAAUGGUGUUUAUUAGCAUCUUACACAAAAAUAUAGCCACUUCUAAAUUUAUGUUUUUAAAAUAUCUAUUUGUAGCUCUCCAAAAUGCCUACAUCAGCAGCAAAAAUGGACGAGCCUUAUUACUGCUCACAGCAGAUUAACAUUCCCCCUGAACUACCUGACAUUCUCAAGCAGUUCACCAAGGCAGCCAUAAGAACACAACCGAAGGAUGUUUUAGCCUGGUCUGCUGCGUAAGUUAUUUAUUUUUGCAUAUCAUUAGGAAAUUUUAUUUUGAAAUUAAAUAUUUUAGGCCAAUAAGUUUCCUAGGAGGGGAGUACAUUUUUCAAAGCACAAGAUAUAGCUACUUUUUACAUAAAGGAACAUUUAUUUUUUUUAACUUUCUAUAUUUUUUUAAUAUUGUGCCAAAGAUGAUUUCCUUUCAUUCUGUAGCUAUUUCCGGGCAAUGUCUAAAGGGGAAAUCCCACCAGUGAAGGAGAGGCUUGAAAUGCCUGUAGCUACACAAAAGAUCGACAGCGGGCUCACACAAGGAUUACUCAGGGUACUAAAUAAGCAGGUACUUUAGUUUAUUACAAACACUUUUUAAAUUAUUAUUCCAACCAAAUGGAUGUAUAAUAGGAAGGCAAUGAAACUCUACGCUGUGAUAAAUUAAAUCAUGCAUAAUUAUUUUUAAGUCCAUCUUGCUAUUAUAAAACUCAACUUGUUUUAUUUAAAAUUUCCUUCUCUGUGCUUUGUUGAUAAUUUUUCAAACCAUUACCUCCUUUUUAUUUGGUAUUUCAGUUGGGCCCUAAGAUCAAUGUUACAUCUUUCCAAGUGGAAGAGAAAUGGCUUGACCUUGCACUUCCCAUUGAGCAGUUUCAUGAUAUCAUGAGGGUUGGAAAUUUUUCUUCCAGUUUUGAAUGGAACAAAUUUUUUUCAUUGGCUGCAUCCACUCUUGGGGAUGUAAGCAUAAGCCUAUUUUUUUACACCUCAAUUUUAUUUAAUGUGUUUACAGCACAGAUUUUUGGUACAUGACUGCCAUUAUAAAUCUUAAUUUGGCUGUCAUAAGUUGUUUUUUUAUUCUCAUGCAAUAUUCUGAGAUGUACUAACACUUGUAAUGUCAAAAUGCAAGUUCAUACUUUAACAAAAAUACUUGCAAUUGCCUUUGAAAAGUGUUAUUUGAAGUCCUAUUUUGGUUUCAUAAGCUGUCACAUAGUUGCUUAUACAACAUCUCUUGUUAGCCAUCUACUUAUUUUUAAUUAAUUUUUAUUUAAACUUAAUUUUGGCAUACACUUUAAUAAAAAAAAUACUUUAAUUUAUUAUUUACAUGCUAUGUAAUUUUACAUUAACUAGAAAUAACUUGUUAAAGUGAUGGAAAUAAAAAUAAUUAAAUUUUCUUUAAAAAUUUUACAAAUUAUGCAAUAUAUUGCCUACACAUUUAAUUUAAGGAGUAAAAGACAUAAUUCAAACCUGGUCUCAAAUGCCUGGCAGGGUUUCAUACAGUGUCUCUGGUUUUUCAUUUUUAUUUUACUUAGUUUACAUGUUUUUAAUAAUUGUAAAGCGCUUAGAGUUUUAAGGUUAGCGCUAUAUAAAAUUGCCUAAUUAAAUAAAUAAAUAUAAAAUUAAACUCUGAAAUAAAUAAAUAAAUAUAAAAUUAAACUCAGUAUGGUGUGACAUGAGAAGGAAGAAUUUCCUAUGUCACCAUGGAGUCACCAGCCUACAUCAUAUUUAUUGCUACCCAUCACUACAUGGCCAUACAGUGUUUUAGUAUCCAUGAUAACUGUGUCCUUACAGAACAUCACCGAGGCAAUGAAAACCAUUUGUGAGAUCCUAACAAGUGAUCCAGAGGGUGGCCCAGCGAGAAUACCAUUCAAACUCUUCCAAGAACUGUACUGUUUUCUGGCUGAGGUAGAUGGUGAGAUUUCUAACCAACAAAUAACAGAUGUCAUCACUCACCUUCAGUAUGACGUGUGAGUUCUUUUUUUUCCAAGUAGUUGUGAAAUUUCUUUUAAAUAUUUGAUUUAAAAAUAAAUCUCUACUUUGAUCUAUUAUGAAUGUAUAAUGUACAUUGUGGCUGUGUGGCAAAGCUUGUAAGACACAAAGAGACCAAAAAAAUCAAGUUCAGAAACAUGCAAGCCCCACCAAUACCUAGAUUAAUAGACAGUAUGAAAAAAGACUUCAGGUAGAUGGGCAACUGUGAACCACAGUUGGUGGCUUAAGUUAGAGAAGCAAAACUUAUGAAAACAAUCCAUUCCUGCCUUUUGGCUCCAAACCAAUUUCAUGGUUAAACGCUAAAAGGGUAAACUCCAAAAGAAAAAUCAGGAGUUGGAGUCCCACAGGCACUCUGAUUAAGCUUCAUAGUUUUGCCUGACACCUCUACCAGGCUUACGUCAUUGUCUCUUAUUGACCUAUUUUAUAUAUACAAAGAUUAUAUCUCCUACAAAUGAUUGUUGCUGAGGAUGCAUUUUAUUUUUAGAGAGCCAAGAGUUCACUAAAAUACAUGUCAUUCACUUCAUAUAAUAUGAUUUCACUAAGAAAAUAUUUUUUUAAAAUGAUGUCCUCAGAAUACUGAAAUUUAAGAACUGCUCUCCAUGAGAAUGUAUUUAUCUUUUAUGAAAUCAAAUAUUUUAAAAUAGUAAAUUAUUGCCCUUGAGUUUAUCAAAGUAAAAAGCCAAAGUCUUAACUCGCCCAAAUUAAAGUAAACAUAUAAUUAAUUCUAAACUUACCAAAGUUCAAGUAAAUAUAUAAUUAAUAAUUUAAAAAAGUAAGUUAAUAUUAAAAAAAUUAUUUUCUACAAAUUUAAAGAGCACUUUUCAAUUCUUAUCCACAGAGACAAACAAGAUGGCUUUGUGAUGCCCCGAAAUUUUCUCAGUGGCGACUGCCCCCAACUGUCAUAACCUGUUGAUGGCAUAAAUCUGUUUGGCUCAUUCUCACCAUUGUGUAUUUAUUAUUCAUCACAUUUCAGUUGUUGCUUUUUUUUUAAAUUUUUUUUUUACUCAAAUGAGUUUCACUUUUUCUGAAAACUGGCUAAAUUUAGAUCUCCACAAACAAAGGCUUUGAAAGUUUUAAGUCUUUAUGAAAUGUGGAAGAUGAAACAUAAGCCAAUAGCCACCUGAUGCAAAACAAUUUCAUCUGAAGCCUACCAACUGGUUAAAUUAUUUAUGAAGAGAUCCGACUGUGUCAUGUCAUCUUUAUAUCUCCGGUCUUAACUCAUUACACCUACCGUCCCAGAUUAUAAAUCAUAGUAGAUCCAUAAUCCUAGCCUCAUCUUUAUCUCAAGCCAGCCCCCCCCCCCCAAGUGGCAGCUUUGAUCAAAUAUAAAGUCAUUCGUAAAUCCACUUCUUGUUCGUUAAAUCAACAAUAUCCUCAAAAAUUGGUCAUUGUGCCGUGAGUUCUCAUGUGAAAUACUCAUAGAAGUUGGAACUGGAGAUGCACAAAGUAAUUAUUUCCUAUUUGAUUUGUGUGAUGGGUUGCUCAAUGUGAAUGCAUAGCUUGCUACAACUGUAAUGGAAUGGUCAAGUCAAUGAAUCUUUAUUCUUGAAGAUUAAACCCAACACUUUUUGAGCUUUAUGCAAUCGGUAAUGUGUCCAAGGAUUUUAUGCAUUCUGUAAUGUGUCCAAGGAUUUUGUGCUUUCUGUAAUGUGUCCAUGGAUUUUAUGCAAUCUUUGAUUAAAUAAUAGUGCCAUCAGCUCUCUAGGCACAGUGCGGGCCACCAGCUGACAAAAAGACACAUGAUAAAGUAUGGACUAGCAUUUACUAAAUACAAAACCGCACACACCAAAAUUCUUUUAAGUUCAGCCCAGCCCAGCCUUCUAUGGACAGUUGACCAGCUCCAGGUUGAAUUCUUUAGUUUUCUUUUAGAAUACACGCUGCAUUAUUAUGUACUUAAUGAUGUUGAAAAAAAUGAGGCAGUUUAUCAACAUUUGUGAUCCUUGUAAUAUCAAUACAGUUGUGUUGUUGUUUUUUUUUUUGUGUGGUUCAAAUGUUAUAUUACUUGUGAUGUUUUCUCUGCUAAAUCAAAUUCUACCACUCCAUUUGGUGAUGACCUUCUUCUAUUUAGGAUUAACUUGAACUAAAAAAAAAAUAGAAGUUAAUAAUUUUUAACAAUUUUUUUCCUAAUUUUUUUUUUUUUUUGUGUGGUUCAAAUGUUAUAUUUCUUGUGAUGUUUUCUCUGCUAAAUCAAAUUCUACCACUCCAUUUGGUGAUGACCUUCUUCUAUUUAGGAUUAACUUGAACUAAAAAAAAAAAAAAGAAGUGAAUAGUUGUUAACAAUUUUUUUCCUACACUUAUUUAAGGAGACUUAAUUUAAGUAGUAUCGUGGAAAAUUCCCAGUAGUAAUGGCCUAAGCAAGUUAUUUUUGAACUUGCAAGACCUCCAGUUGACUUUUUUUUUUACUGCAUGUUUCUUCCUCACCUUAAUAGUCUGACCAGGCUGCCAGACAGAUAGUAACAUUAAAUUGUUGAGAUUAAAUAUUUUUCACACAUGCAUUAUUACAGCCUCUAAAACAUCUCAGAUUUGUUGUGUUCUACUGCUAUUUAAUUAAUAAAAACUUCAGUAAGCCAAACAUUUUAAAAGAUUUUUAGUGUUAACUCACUGUUAUUAUAUAAGAAUAAAAAAAAAAAAACUGCAAUGUUGCAUAUUUAAAAUAGAUAACUAUUGACUGCUGGCUUGGUGGUUUUUUUUUGGUCUGAAGGCAUGACGUGUAUGGAUGGGGAGUAGUUUUUGUAUCAUUGAAACCUAAAUGUUUCUGAUUUCCACUACUACAAGCAAUAUUUAUCCCCCACCCAUCAACACUGCGUGUGGAUAUCACCUUUACAAAAAGAUCAUGAUAUCACCUUUACAAAAAGUACAUGAUAUCACCUUUACAAAAAGAUCAUGAUAUCACCUUUACAAAAAGAAAAUGAUUUCACCUUUACAAAAAGAUCAUGAUAUCACCUUUACAAAAAGAUCAUGAUAUCACCUUUACAAAAAGAUCAUGAUAUCACCUUUACAAAAAGAUCAUGAUAUCACCUUUGCAAAAAGAUCAUGAUAUCACCUUUACAAAAAGAUCAUGAUAUCACCUUUACAAAAAGAUCAUGAUAUCACCAUUACAAAAAGAUCGCAAAAUCACCAUUACAAAAAGAUCUGUGUUUGAUGUUCUUUUAUAGACGAAUGUAUCCUUGCUGAAAUGUUGCAUGUUUCUUCUGAAGGCAAUAAAUUAAAACUGAU